AUGCGUCCUAAACUCUCUCCGAUCCCACCCCUUUCUGCGAUUGAUAAACAUGUUUGGAAGCUGGCUCCAAAUGGGAGAUUUUCGGUUAAAACAUUCUAUAAUUUCUUGAAUGAUGGAGGAAUUCAUUGUCAUAAGACUAAUGUCAUUCUCAAAGGCGGCUGUCCAAAAAAGAUCAACCUCUUCAACUGGCUUGCUUGGGAUAACAAAAUCUUGACUCUAGACAACCUAGAUAGCCGCAAAUGUAAUGUUUUACCUACGCCUACUUGUGUGAUGUGCCACGCAGGUAUGGAGACUGCUGAGCACUUGCUGAUCCACUGCCCAAUGGCUUCCUACAUAUGGACUUACUUUAGUCAACUUUUAGGCAUCCGAUGUUCGCCUAGAUCCCUUACUGACCUUUGGGGUGAUUGUCGUCGGUCUAUUCCAAAAAUUUUACUUCCGUCCUGGGAUUUGUUGCUAAAGGCUAUCACUUGGGUUAUUUGGCUAGAAAGAAAUGCUCGCAUUUUCACUGCUAGUUGUCUCUUGACUGUUGCUUUGAUUUUAAAGAUUGAGCAUUUGGUUCUCUCUUGGUUUUCUGCAGCUCCAGAAUCGAAGAGGGCAAAACUUGAGGAUCCGAUGGCUAAGGUCAAGAGAAGCCUUGAGUAUCUGUCUUCCAGUGAUGCGAUUCCUGUUGCCCCUGCGGAGCGAUCCCCCCCUCCAGGCGAGAUGUAG